GUGGUGGCCACGAUUACAAACAACCCUCCACUCAUCGAUCUUCUUUCUUGUUGCCCCCCAAAACUCCACAUUUCUUCUUCUUCUUCACCGAUUUCAUCCACCAAAAUGCUAGCUCGUCUCGCAUCCAAACGCCUGCUCGAGAUCCGUCAAGUCUUCCGUCAAUCCCCUCAGUCAGCUAGAUCGCUAUCCACUGCCUUGAACUAUCAUAUUGAUACUCCAGAUAAUAACCCUAAUGUUGCUUGGGAAUUCAGCGAGGCUAACAAACCAAAGGUAAAGGAGAUUCUGUCACACUAUCCAUCUAACUACAAGCAAUCGGCAGUCAUCCCACUGCUAGAUCUUGCACAACAACAACAUGGCGGCUGGCUUCCUGUUUCCGCAAUGGAUGCGGUGGCAAAAGUAAUCGAAGUUGCUCCUAUUCGUGUGUACGAGGUCGCAACAUUUUAUUCCAUGUUUAAUAGAGCAAAGGUUGGCAAAUACCAUCUUUUGGUGUGUGGAACAACUCCUUGUAUGAUUCGCGGUUCACGGGACAUUGAAGCUGCAUUAUUGGAUCACUUGGGAGUGAAACGAAACGAGGUUACAAAGGAUGGCUUGUUUUCUGUCGGAGAAAUGGAAUGCAUGGGUUGCUGUGUAAAUGCUCCGAUGAUAACUGUAGCGGAUUAUUCAAACGGAUCCGAAGGAUAUACCUACAACUACUAUGAAGAUGUUACCCCAAAGAGAGUUGUGGAAAUAGUCGAGGCGUUAAAACGAGGAGAAAAGCCACCGCGUGGGACCCAAAACCCGGAGCGAAUCAAUUGUGGGCCCGCAGGAGGGAAUACUACAUUGUUGGGCGAGCCCAAGCCUCCGCCAUGCCGUGACCUAGAUGCUUGCUAAACCCAAGUUCUUUGUUUUUUCUCGUAAAAUUGAGAAGUCGAAAUUGUUGCGGUAAAUGUUUCGCCUAAUAAUGCUAUGGCUAUUGAUGUUUGCCAACAUUCAUGGAUUCAAAGCUGUUGUUGCCAUUUGUUAUGCAUAAGAACAUUAGCAACUUUUUGAAUAUUUUCUUGAAAAAUAUGGAGUUCUUGUUAGUUUCUA